GGUAUUAAUUUCUUAUGCUUCAUUCAUUGUGAAAAUUUCUCUUCGAGGAAGUUAAACUAAAAUACUUGUAAAACUAUAUUUUUUUUGGCCAAGAAAAUUGUAGCAAAUCCAACGAAGAAAAUCAACACAAAGACAAAGGACAACACUCUGGUUAACUGGAUUUUAUACCACAUUUUGCUAAAUACUUUACUUUUUUAGUGAAAUACAAAAUAUUGCCGUGAUCCCUGCAAGUGGACUUGUCGCUCUUUCUUGUAUUGAAAGAAACCAUCUAAAGAGGCGAUUAUCUGAAAGGAUUCCAGUUACCAAGCCAGCUCUUCACAAGUCUUAGUUCCAGACUCGUUGUUCCUCCACUUGCGCCGCCAAUUGCAAUCCUUCAACAUGGAUCAAUUCUAUGAGGUGACCUGUGAUAGUUGCCAAACCUGGGGCAUGGUCAACUAUAGAUACAAAUGCCUGCGCUGCGAGGACUAUGACCUGUGCUCCACCUGCUUUGAGCUGGGCCUUAAUACCGUGGGCCAUGAUGUGACCCAUCCCUUUCAGUGCCUUAUGGAUCGGGCCACUCUUGAGCUUCAUUAUGGCGGCGAACAGAUUCCGGAUCUUUCUGCCGAUAGCUUCACUUGUCCAAAUUGCGGUGAGCUUGGCCUUUCGGCGGAUGAUCUGAUGUCGCAUGUUCAGAUGAAACAUCGUGAAGCUCGCACGGCCGUCAUCUGUCCGCUGUGCGUGGCGGUGCCAAUGGCUCAUCCGGCCAGGGUUAACAAUCUGUUUAGCCACCUGACCACCAUACAUCAUUUCCGUUCCGUUGGUGGCUUCCGCCUUGCCGGAACCGAGCCGCCGAUCACACAUCAUAGCCUGCCCACCGCCGAGGUGCCACAGGUGCGCUUUAUUUUGCCCUCGGGACUGCGCAUGGGCAGGUCGCAUCUGGCUUUGUCAGAGGAUCUUAGUGAUCCCGAAAUCGCCGAAAUGUAAGGAUCAUCAAGACACACACAUCAAG